ACACGAACAGAUCUGUUAUGAAAACCAACAGCAUUUAUUUUGUGCAUUUUCGGAUGGUUUGUUUUCUCAUUGCUCUACAGGAUAUUGAAACUAAAUGCUUGCCCACAGAAUUGUCUGUCCUGUCCAAGCAGUGGUCCCAGACGAUAACAAGUUGCACAAAAAGCUGUCCUGUGAACCAAUACAUAUUCCAACAAGCUUGCUUAAAAGAAUGUCCUCAAUUUACUACUCAAAUUGACAAUGGGUUUAUAAAGUACUGUAUAAAUCCCUUCGUAAAUGAAUUGGAAUGCCCAAGUAAAUUUUGUAAUCCUGAAUAUUCAUAUUGUUUGAAUGGAAAUUGUGUAAGUUCAUGUCCGGAAUACACAGUGAGCCAUAAUGGUUCGUGUUUAAUGAAGUGUCCAAAGGAGUUGCCAUACAUUACGGCUUACUGCGACGGAGUAUGUUACACUGGGGCAAAGUUUUGUUCCAAGACAUGUCCUUAUUCUCAUCCAUAUAUUUUUAGGUCCCUAAAACUUCUGCACUGUUUGGUUGAAUGCCCAAAAUACACCUCUAUAGAUGGCAGAUUUUGCAAAUUAUCUUGUCCAGUUGAUAGCCCUCUUCUUUUCAAUAAUACAUGCUUUAAAAAAUGCCCAGAUACACAUCCAAUGAUAGUUAUUCAAACAUCGCCUUUCAAUCAAAUCUUCACAUGCAGGACAGAAUGUCCCAAAGACAAUGCAUCGUUUAGAAACGUUUGUGUUUUUGUUUGUCCCAAUGGUACUUUCUUUGACAACGGAUUACAAAGGCAAUGUGUGGAUCAAUGUGGAAACAAACGGCCUUUUAUUACUACAACACCCUCAGAAAGAAAUUCAAUCUAUUAUAAGCAGUGUGUCUCAAGCUGUCCUCUUCGAAAAUAUGUAUUAAACAGAAACGCUACUUUGGAAUGUGUCGAUAGCUGUCCUUCAUCAAUGUUUUCCUUGUAUAAUAAUUCAUGCGUACUAAAAUGCCCACUGUCCUAUCCCAUGCAAAUGAUAACGACCGUUAACAGAAUAGAGAUAACCAUUUGUGUUAAAAGUUGUCCAAAUGAUAUGUUUAUUCAUGGAAAGGUAUGUGUUUACCGGUGUCCGACACCUCUAGUUCAUUACAUGUCGAAAUGUGUAUCUGAAUGUCGAAAGUCUCUUCCUAUCAUAUUAAAGAUUAACAGAACAUGCAUUGCCGCAUGUCCUGUUAGAUCCGUAAGAUAUAAUAAUACUUGCAUUGAUGAAUGCCCAAAACAUGCACCAUUUAUUGAAAACGGGACAUGCAGUGCACAUUGUGCCGAUGCGAACUCUCUUUCUGUAAAUUCAAGUGUUGGCAAAACAUGCAUCAACUCUGAAACAUGCACUAAUGAAACUAUGUUGAUGAAUGGAACCAAUACAUGCAUCAUAGAUUGUCCUAGAAAAACCCAUGUUAUCAUAAAGGACGUAUGCACUAAUAUCAGCGAAUGUCUGGAGCCGCAUGUCUUACAAGACACCAAACGAGGAUACCAAUGUCAAGAGAACUGUUCUAGCGAUCUGUAUAGAAAUGGAAUGAUGUGUGUAUCACAGUGUCCUGGUGAUAAAUUAAUUACGGAUAGAAACUGUACUGAUACUUGUUAUGGAACCAGACCGUUCAAAUACGGUGGAACUGAAUGCGUUUCUGAGUGUCCGGAUGAGUAUUUCAAGCAUCAAAACGAAUGUCUAACUGCAAGUUCCUGCUGGGCUUAUGGAUUAUAUUAUACGUUUAACAAAACUUGCUACGUACAUUGCCCGCCAAAUACAUCUCGACAUCCUAAAGUUCAAAUUUGCAUACCUUUUGAUUCUUCAAAAAUAUUGAGUGAGGUUAUAGCUUUUCUCUUCUUAGCCAUAUGUUUAUUUAUCGUAUUUUACUUGAUGUGUUGCUUCAAAGGAUUCAACUGUACCGGUCUCAAAAGCUGUAAUGGAAACCCCGGGCAUAGAUAUUUGAAUGAUGAAACCGGUGACAACGAAAGCAGAAAUGUUAACUCUAUCGAGGAAAACAGAGCAAUGGAAGAUUCGAAUUCAAUAUGUGAUCAAAGUUAGUCUAAAGCCACGUUUAAGCUAAUAUGUUCACAUGAAUGUAAAGGUAUCCGCGUCUUUGACAGAAGAAGUUAUCAAAGCACAGAUAAAAUACUAUCUUUUUUGACUGAUGGGUUAGAGAGUAUACCUACCCCAGCAUCUUGACAAGCCAGUUCUAUUGAUAUGUGUUCGGAACAAUAUCAACGUGAACGUUUAAGAGAAUUGCAACAAACAUGUCUGGUGGAAUUACAGAAAUAUUUAGUGUAAUUAUUUUGUGAAGUUGACGACUGCAUCCAGAGAAAAAAGGGUGUUUUUUUCUCUCGUGAACGAAUCCUGUUUGUCAUAAAUGUAAUGAAAAUUAAACUUGCAACAUCUUUUAGAUUUCUCGAUCCGAUGUUUUGGUAAUUAUUUUAAAACGCAGGGUUUGACACUAAGGCACAUACGACCGACUGAGUCUAUAACUCUGUCCCGAGUUUUUGCUUCCACCACUUUUUGCUUGAUAUUCCAAUAAUAGUAAAUACCUUUGUGCUCAAACUACGUUCAUCCACUAAUAUGAAAAAUGUCCAGAUCUGUUUUGAAACGCCCCCUCUACCGCUUCAGAUUUCAAUACACAUCCCAAAAUUGAAAGUCUACGGAGAUUUUGCAUUGCAUCAGCCAUUAUUAAGCCCGGAUGAUAACGUUAAAAAAUUGCGCGAUGUAUUCCGAGUGUAUUCCGAAUGGAGAAAAGAUGUAAACAUUUCCCAUUAUAAAUCUCCGUAAGAAAAUUGUUUUCGUUCCUGUGAAAUUUUAUGAGUGAAAAGGGAUAAUUGUUCAAUGAGGAUAUCUUGGAUAUAUUCCCUUUCAUCGAUUUCAUUUGUUUUUCUUUCACAGGUAUGUGUAUUUUGAUUAAAAAUCAUCAAAAAUUGAUGGAAGCAAUAACUUGGGACAGACUAUAGUAAACGUUAGGUUCUCCAAAUUGCAUAUGUGGAAAGAAAGAAGAUGUAUAUCAUUUUUUAUUUGUUUGCAAACUUUUUUCUAAUGCAAGAAAUACCUUAUUUAAUGAACUAUUCCAAAUACAAAAUUUAGGUAUUAUAGAUUCGCAUACUUUACUGUGGGGUAAAGACAACCUAGAUUAUAAAACUAAUGUUAGAAUUUUCACAGCUGUGCAGAACUUUAUAAUCAAUUCUCGCAGAUUUACAUAAGUAUACUAUUUUGUUCUUUACCAUUUUUUCAAUAUAUGUGUAUAUACAUGUACCAUGUUUUAUGACAAUUGCAAAUUACUUGUAAUUGAGUGAGAACCUAGUAAGUUGCAAAAACUUGUGUUCGAAC